AUGGAGCAUUCGUACAAUUCUAUAAAGCUUGCACAUCAAGCUCGAGAGGCGGACGAGCUGCGGAUUGAGAUGAGGAAAAGAAGCCUUCUGAUCCUGAUCUACCAACAUCUAAUGAGGCAAGGCUUUGUGGCCACGGCAGUGGCCUUGGACCAGGAGAUGAAUGGCGGCGUGAAGAAGUUUGAGGUUUGUGAAAAUAUCGAUUUGGAGAUGGUGCUGAUGGAGUACGAGAGCUAUCACUAUGUCAAGUUCCAGAAAUAUCCCAAACUUAUCAAGAAAGUAGCAGAACCAGGUGAAAGCAGAUCUCUUAAAAGUGCUGGAAAAAAGAGGGCUGCUUGUUCAGCUGUGAAGCCUCUUCCCAAAAUCCAGCCUCCUAACCUUGGUGGAGACUCAAAAGGGAACGCUGUUGUUCCUGCACGCACCAGUGGUGAAGGUUUAUCUUGCACCACAGAAUUGUCAGAAUUGAGUCUCAGUGUUCACCCCAUCAUUUCUGCACAAGCUGGAGUGACACCCGUGAUCAAGAAGGGAGGCGUGGGAGGUGAAGGAGACAGCGAAGAGGAACGGCUGCUGAAGCCCCUUAGUGGAUUUUCAGGAAUGAGUGGUGAGAUGAAAGAACUUGCCACAGUUAUCAAUAAGGACAUCUUUUUGCACAACCCCAACGUGAGGUGGGAGGACAUCAUCGGCCUGGAGGAUGCAAAGCGAUUAGUCAAAGAGGCCAUCGUCUAUCCCAUUAAGUAUCCCCAGCUUUUCACAGGACUCCUUUCUCCGUGGAAAGGAUUGUUACUCUAUGGCCCCCCAGGUACGGGUAAGACCUUGCUGGCCAAGGCAGUGGCUACUGAAUGUAAGACAACCUUCUUCAACAUAUCAGCAUCAAGCUUAGUAAGCAAGUGGAGAGGAGACUCUGAAAAACUGGUCAGGGUUCUAUUUGAAUUGGCACGGUACCACGCCCCCUCCACUAUCUUUCUUGAUGAGGUAGACUCAAUGAUGGGCCAGAGAGGAAGUAACAUGUUAGGCGAGCAUGAGGGCAGUCGCAGGUUGAAGGCAGAGCUGCUGGUCCAGAUGGACGGACUGGCGAGAUCAGAAGAUCUUGUCUUUGUACUAGCAGCCUCCAAUCUGCCUUGGGAACUGGACAACGGCAUGUUAAGAAGACUAGAAAAGCGGAUUCUGGUUGGUCUUCCUCCUCCACCGGCCCGUGAAGCCAUGAUUGCCCAUUGGCUGCCUCCGGUCAACUCUACAGGAGAGUUCCAACUAAAAGCUGAGCUCGACUAUCAACUUCUGGCAAAGGAGAUGAAGGGGUAUUCUGGCUCUGACAUUCGGCUAGUGUGUAAGGAAGCAGCCAUGCGACAAGUCCGCAAAGUCUUUGAGUCUCUGGAAUCAAAUCAGGAUGGAGACACAGGCAUGCUUGCGAUCAGACUAGAAACCGUGACAACGCAAGACUUCCUUGAAGUCCUGGCACACACAAAACCAUCAGUCAGUGGCGUGAUGGAGAAACACACAGCCUGGGAGAAAGACUUUGAAUCCGUUUGA